GUAUCAUCCAUCACAGUCCGUCAGAGUAUAAAAGUUUUUCUCCAGUUGACGCUCAUUUCUAAGCGCCUGUGUAUCAUCCAUCACACUCAGCUAGAGUAAAAGUUUUUCUCCAAUCCACGCCACGGUAUAAGGGGACGGAAAAAACUGGUGGAGAGUCGAGACUCGGGGAGAGAGAGCGAGAAAUCAUCUACUGCCGUUGAUUUUCACUGGACCGUGAUGGACGGUUCAACAUCCGAUCAGAUACACGUGUUCUGGCAUUCGGGGAUGCUGGAUCACGAGACAGGAAGUGGCGUGUUCGACACGGGCAUGGAUCCGGGCUUCCUGGACGUCUUGGAAAAGCAUCCUGAAAACGCAGAUCGAGUGAAGAACAUGGUCUCCAUCUUGAAGAAGGGCCCCAUCUCUCCUUACAUCUCCUGGUUUUCAGGAACCCCCGCUCGUAUUCCCCAACUCCUCUCCUUCCAUACACCUGAAUACAUAGAUGAACUCAGACAAGCUGAUGCUGCUGGAGGAAAGAUGCUAUGUGCUGGUACCUUCUUGAACCCUGGUUCUUGGGAUGCUUCCCUUCUUGCUGCCGGAACGACGUUGUCAGCAAUGCAGCACAUAUUAGAUGGACAAUCGAAGAUUGCGUUUGCAUUAGUACGUCCACCAGGCCAUCAUGCCCAGCCUACUCAAGCUGACGGGUAUUGCUUCCUUAACAAUGCUGGUCUUGCUGUUCAACUGGCUAUAGACUCUGGCUGCAGUCGAGUCGCGGUUAUUGACAUUGAUGUCCAUUAUGGCAAUGGAACGGCUGAAGGGUUCUAUUGUUCAGAUAGUGUCCUCACAAUCUCCCUUCACAUGAAUCAUGGCUCGUGGGGUCCGUCUCAUCCACAGACAGGUUGCAUAGACGAGCUAGGCGAUGGUAAAGGCUUUGGUUUUAAUCUGAAUAUACCUUUGCCAAAUGGAACUGGUGACCGAGGAUAUGAAUAUGCGAUGACUGAAUUGGUUGCUCCAGCCAUACUGAAAUUUGACCCGCUGCUAAUGGUUAUGGUUGUUGGCCAAGAUUCUAGUGCGUUUGAUCCAAAUGGAAGACAAUGUUUGACAAUGGCGGGUUAUAGAGAAAUUGGCCGAAUUGUACGUAAGCUAGCUGACAAGCAUGCCAAUGGACGGCUCUUGAUUGUUCAAGAAGGCGGUUACCAUAUUACAUACUCGGCGUACUGUCUCCAUGCAACAUUAGAAGGUGUUCUCAAUCUUCCACAUCCUCUCUUAUCAGACCCAAUUGCUUAUUACCCAGAAGACGAGGCAUUGGCCUUCAAAGUUGUUGAUUCCAUCAAACAAUAUUGGGAAGAGACUCUACCAGUCUGGAGAGAAAAAUAACUAGCUCUGUCACUCUUCUCCCUGUUGCAGCCCACUCCUGAGGAUCAAGUGCCUUCCCCUCUCAAAAUCAACCAUUACAAAAGAAGAGGAAGAAGAUGGACAUUUGCCUUUUUAUCCAUCACAUGUAUGUUUUUAUGCCUUUGCCAUUUUUAAGUCCUGUUUGGUAGAUGUCAGAGAAUUAGUUCAUCUCAUUUUAGUAAAUAAAAUGAGAUUAACUCAUUUUCCGGCAUCUACCAAACAUGCUCUCAGUAUUUUUCCGUAUUAAAGAAAAUUUGAAUUGCUUUGUACUUGGGGUAGGGGUUGAAUCAUAGGUUAGGCUUUUAGUUCCUCUUUAGAAGCUCUGUCUUCUAUUUGAAUUUCAGUGUAGUUUGGCAUAAAUUAUUUAAGAGAUUAAAUUUUUCUUUUUUUAUUUGGUGGAUUAUGAGAGUUUAUCAACAGUAGUAGAAUGUACAUGCUAUUCAAGUUGGAACA